CGUCUGCUAGCAGCGAGGGAGAGCCUCUCGCUGUCCGGCGUGCGGGCACCCCGGCCAGUGCCCGGCAAACUUUUCUUUCUCUUUUGCCCUUUCCAGAGGCGCCUUCUGCGGCGGGCGGACCCACUCCUCGGCGCGGCGGGGCCGGGGCAAGCUGGACGCAGCAUGAUGCGCGCCGUGUGGGAGGCGCUGGCGGCGCUGGCGACCGUGGCGUGCCUGGUGGGCGCGGUGCGCGGCGGGCCCGGGCUCAGCAUGUUCGCGGGCCAGGCGGCGCAGCCCGACCCCUGCUCGGACGAGAACGGCCACCCCCGCCGCUGCAUCCCGGACUUUGUCAACGCGGCCUUCGGCAAGGACGUGCGCGUGUCCAGCACCUGCGGCCGGCCCCCGGCGCGCUACUGCGUGGUGAGCGAGCGCGGCGAAGAGCGGCUGCGCUCCUGCCACCUCUGCAACGCGUCCGACCCCAAGAAGGCGCACCCGCCCGCCUUCCUCACCGACCUCAACAACCCGCACAACCUGACGUGCUGGCAGUCCGAGAACUACCUGCAGUUCCCGCACAACGUCACGCUCACGCUGUCGCUCGGCAAGAAGUUCGAGGUGACGUACGUGAGCCUCCAGUUCUGCUCUCCGCGGCCCGAGUCCAUGGCCAUCUACAAGUCCAUGGACUACGGGCGCACGUGGGUGCCCUUCCAGUACUACUCCACGCAGUGCCGCAAGAUGUACAACCGGCCGCACCGCGCGCCCAUCACCAAGCAGAACGAGCAGGAGGCCGUCUGCACGGACUCGCACACGGACAUGCGCCCGCUCUCCGGCGGCCUCAUCGCCUUCAGCACGCUGGACGGGCGGCCCUCGGCGCACGACUUCGACAACUCGCCGGUGCUGCAGGACUGGGUCACGGCCACCGACAUCCGUGUGGCUUUCAGCCGCCUGCACACGUUCGGCGACGAGAACGAGGACGACUCGGAGCUGGCGCGGGACUCCUACUUCUACGCAGUGUCCGACCUGCAGGUGGGCGGCCGCUGCAAGUGCAACGGACACGCGGCCCGCUGCGUGCGCGACCGCGACGACAGCCUGGUGUGCGACUGCCGGCACAACACGGCGGGGCCCGAGUGCGACCGCUGCAAGCCCUUCCACUACGACCGGCCCUGGCAACGCGCCACCGCCCGCGAGGCCAACGAGUGCGUGGCCUGCAGCUGCAACCUGCACGCCCGGCGCUGCCGCUUCAACAUGGAGCUCUACAAGCUGUCGGGGCGCAAGAGCGGGGGCGUGUGCCUCAACUGCCGCCACAACACGGCCGGCCGCCACUGCCACUACUGCAAGGAGGGCUACUACCGCGACAUGGGCAAGCCCAUCACCCACCGGAAGGCCUGCAAAGCCUGCGAUUGCCACCCCGUCGGCGCUGCUGGCAAAACCUGCAACCAAACCACCGGCCAGUGUCCCUGCAAGGACGGCGUGACCGGCAUCACCUGCAACCGCUGCGCCAAGGGCUACCAGCAGAGCCGCUCCCCCAUCGCCCCCUGCAUAAAGAUCCCCGUGGCGCCGCCCACCACUGCAGCCAGCAGCGUGGAGGAGCCGGAAGACUGCGAUUCCUACUGCAAGGCCUCCAAAGGGAAGCUGAAGAUCAACAUGAAAAAGUACUGCAAGAAGGACUAUGCCGUCCAGAUCCACAUCCUGAAGGCAGACAAGGCGGGGGACUGGUGGAAGUUCACGGUGAGCAUCAUCUCCGUGUACAAGCAGGGCGCGAGCCGCAUUCGGCGCGGUGACCAGAGCCUGUGGAUCCGCUCGCGGGACAUCGCUUGCAAGUGCCCCAAAAUCAAGCCCCUCAAGAAGUACCUGCUGCUGGGCAACGCGGAGGACUCGCCGGACCAGAGCGGCAUCGUGGCAGACAAGAGCAGCCUGGUGAUCCAGUGGCGGGACACGUGGGCGCGGCGGCUGCGCAAGUUCCAGCAGCGAGAGAAGAAGGGCAAGUGCAAGAAGGCCUAGC